CUCUUUCUUAUCCACGUACUAUUUUUUUUUUUCUGAAAGAUCUACGAUUUGUUUUUAUAUCUUCUUUUUUUUUGAUCCUUAUCUUUUACUGAACAUAUAUCUAUCUAUAAAACUUCAAUAUAACAAUGGUGAUGGAAGCUUCUAUGAUUGUGGUGGAUAAUUCAGAAUGGAUGCGUAACGGUGACUAUACUCCUACUAGGUUGGUAGCUCAAAACGAAGCUGUAAAUCUUAUAUUUAAUGCUAAAACACAAUCCAAUCCUGAAAACACUGUUGGUUUGAUGACCAUGGCUGGAAAGAGCCCAGAGGUUUUGGUGACUUUGACUUCGGAUGUUGGCAAGAUCCUCUCGGCUUUGCAUAGUAUUAAAUCUAAUGGAAAAAGUGAUUUUUUGACCAGUGUGCAGAUUGCUCAGCUUGCAUUGAAACAUCGACAAAAUAGAAAUCAACGUCAACGAGUGAUUGUUUUUGUUGGAAGUCCUGUGGAAACUGAUGAACGAACCUUAGUACGACUAGCAAAGAAACUCAAAAAGAAUAACGUGGCUAUUGAUAUCAUCAACUUUGGCGAAGAAGCAGAAAACACCCCCAAAUUGGAAGCAUUUAUCAAUAAUGUCAACAACAGUGAUAACAGUCAUUUGGUAUCUAUUCCCCCUGGUCCUCAUAUCUUGAGUGAUAUGUUAAUGUCCACUCCUAUUAUCUCUGGUGAAGAUGGUGCUCCUGGUGGUUUCGCUACUGGUGGUGAGGGCUUUGAAUUUGGUAUUGAUCCCAAUCUCGACCCUGAAUUGGCCUUGGCUUUACGUAUUUCACUUGAAGAAGAAAAAGCUCGUCAAGAAGCUGCUUCAAAGAAAGAAUCAAGUAAUGGAGAACCAUCAAAAGCAGCUGGGUCAAGUGAUGCUAUGGCAGUGGAUUCAUCAUCAUCUCAACAACAACAAUCACAACAAGAAGAUAUCAGUCCAGAAGAUGCGGAAUUACAAGCUGCUUUGGCCUUGUCAAUGAACCAAUCACAGGUGGAGGACGAAGAUGUAGAUAUGGAUGAGAUGGAUGAAGAUGAAGAACUUCAACGUGCCUUGGAAAUGUCCAUGAAUGAUAAUAAUGGUGAAGCCAAUCAAGAAAUGAUGUCAGCAGUACUUGGAUCAUUACCAGGUGUGGAUGCAAACGAUGCUCGUAUUCAAAAAGCUUUGGAAGAUAUGAAGGAAAAGAAGAAGGAUGAUAAGGAUGAUAAAUAAAUAAAUAAACGUUUGAUAUUUUUAUAUACAUUUUA